AUGGGUAGUUUUUGGGACGCAUUCGCAGUAUACGACAAGAAAAAGCACGCAGAUCCAAGUGUGUAUGGAGGGAACCAUAACAACACAGGAGACAGUAGGACGCAGGUUAUGUUUUCAAAAGAAUACCGUCAACCUAAGACACAUCAGCAGGAGAACUUGCAGAGCAUGAGGAGAUCUUCUAUAGGAUCACAAGACAGUUCCGAUGUUGAGGACGUUAAGGAAGGGAGAUUACCCGCAGAAGUAGAAAUACCCAAAAAUGUCGACAUUUCUAACAUGUCUCAAGGUGAAUUUCUAAAACUUUACGAAAGUUUGAGGAGGGGGGAACCCGACAAUAAAGUAAAUAGAUGA